UUAGAUUUUUUGUUGUUGUUGUAUUUUUUUUUUCAAUACCCCGUACAGUAGAUGGCGACAAUACACCAAGAUGUGUAGUCUGCCAUAAAACUUAAAAGAAGAAGAAAAAAUAACUAGUGACCCUUUCCGGGGCGAAGUUUAAGCCACAGGUUACAAAACUGUUGCGAAGUUCAUUGAAAUUAUCCAGACUUUUAUAUCAAAACAGUGCAGACAACGAACUAUUAGAUUGCACGAGUCAUGUUGUUCGUAAUUAUUACAUAGAAUUAUAUGUAUUGUUACGUUUCUCAUGGGUUUCAGAUAUUAGAUAUAUCGUAGGAUGUCGUAUCGGUACUGUAGCUGGUUAACUAGUUAGCUUGCUGUUUUGGUUUCUAGCAUAGCAUCAUCAAGCAGUUUUUUCUGGACACGGAACAAUGUUUUUUGGUGCAAUUGUACAGUUGUUUACAGAACUAGGAGGACCUAUACCAAACGCUGAAGAAAGUGCAGCCAUGGCAGGAAGAGUAAACACCAGCCCUCCGGUGAAAUGCUUGUUCACGAGCAAUGAGUCAAUAGUCACGAUCAGUCUUCUACGGUGAGCUAGUGUAAAUUUACUUUUAGGUCGUGUCAUAUUCCUCAUGUGACAUGUCCUCGCCGUCACCGGUACAAAUUCGGGAGGCGAACGCACACCUGGCCGCGGUGCACAGGCGGGUAGCAGAACUGGAGCAGCGGCUCGAGGCAGCAGAGAACACCGUGAGGGAGCAAGCGGAGAGUCUCAUCAGGAAGGACGAGCAAAUGAGGGCUGCUACCCAGGAGAUCACCGAGGCCAAGAAUAAAGAGAUUUACUACCUCCACGAGAAGCUGUGCAAGUCAGAGGACACCAUCCAGAGGUUUCAGAACAUGGUCAAGGAGAAGGAUGCUAUGAUAGGCCAGUUGCAACAUCGCUGCCAGCUCCUGGACAACAUCUGUAAGAGCAGGCCUUUACUAGACAGUAUGCUGUUCCAUAUGGCUGAGGCAGAAAGACUUGGGCCAGUGGUGGGGAUGGGUGAAACCACUGUCAAAACAUCCCUCACAGACGGGGAGUCAAACUGCAGUCCCAAUCGCAUCUCUAACCACAAAGACUUCUCUCUCAGUGAGGAUGACCAGGAGCUAGAUGAGAUAGUGUUUGGAACAACUGUAUAGUACAAGGCCCCUGAGAAGAGUUAGGUUAGUGAAGAGGUUCUAGAAGAGGGUGGUAGAGGCAUGAGUCAUUUCAAAACAUCUGCAUGUUGUUAUUGAAUUUAAAAAAAAUCUCAAAUAGAACAUUUGUGCUCUAAGUAGUUCUUUAUACUCUGCAGAUAACUUACAAGUUAAUAUGAUGUCACAUGGGGGAACUGCUUAACACGUUAUGAAGCCUUUGGUUUAACCAAAUAAAGGGAAACUAAUCUGCCUUGAUUCCACAUCUUAACCAGACAAUAACCAGGUGUCCAUUUGACAUCAGUUUCUGUUGUUUUAACUGCUGUAUUUUUGUACUGUAAUAUUUGGAAAUGGUGUAAACAUUACCUCAUGUUCAGCUCAAAGUGUUCAAACGUCAAAAAGUGUUGAGAAGGUCAGAGUUCAGAAAGUACAUCUGUCGCACAUGCAAGGCUAGGUUCUACUGCAUCCCAUGCAUUUGACUAUAUAGUAUACACGUUUCAGUCAUUCUGCACUGUGACAAUUAAAUUUAAAGUGCUUGAGGUUAUUUUCGGGGAGUGUACUUACUCUACACGUAUCCCAUGUAAGCAUGACAUUUUAAUGGUUAAUCUAAGACAUACAUUAGCCUCUUGUUGGCGUCAAUAUUUGCUUCAGAGAAGCAAAGUCUAUGCAACAAUUAAGUUUGCGUCACUCUUACAGUACACUCACUCUUGCAUUAUAGAAGAUGCUACAUAGAUGUGACAUUCCAGUAGGGUCAAAAGCAAGGGAAAUCAUGCCUAAAGCAGGGGAAAUCAUGCCUAAAGCAGGGGAAAUCAUGCCUUGUGCUCUCAUAAUAAUAGUGUACUGUUUUGCUUAGUCAUUAUAUAUUGUGUUGGCUUAAAUCAUCAGGUGGCUAAAAGUAUUGUGUUAUGUCUGCUGUGUCUUUCAGUACAACUGCAUGAUUGUGCAGCUUAAACUGUUCUUGUGAUCAUUGUACCUGUGCUUUAACACGGGAACGGUUUUGCCUCUGAACUGCCAAACGUGUGUUGCUCUGUUCAUUUAAGAAAAUAUUUUCUGAGAAGUGGUAUUUUGAUUCAAUGAGGGAUUUUUUUUUUUAGCAACAGACCAGUCUGUCUGCUACAUUAAUAAAUUAUUUAUUUAUACAAUAUUUACUUCAUUUAUUUGGAAAAAGACAAAGUUAAUAGCUUGGCAGUGUCAUUAGCUACUUUUCCUACUUCAGGGAUAAUGUGACUGAAAAACAAUACUUAAAUCUUUGUAAAACAUUCCCCGUGCCUGUGUCUUCACUAGAGGGGUAUGGUGCUUGACACAAAGGCUAUGGUGGCAAUGUUAUUUUGACAACGCUAUCCCUAUGGAGAUGCAUACGUUAGAAGUUAUGCGAGGAAAGUUUCGAUAACUGCUCAAGACACCUAUAGGCAGGAAUGCAACCCAAUUGUUUUUACCCCAGAAUAUUCAUGUACUGAGAUUUCAUUGUAUAUUCUGGGAAGGAUUUUAGAAAAGUUCAUAGUGGGCAUAUCAAGGGAAAGAAGAACAACAUUUAACACUAUUGAACGUACAUAGUAAUCUUUAUUAAUUUCAAUAUAAAACAUUUUCAUAGCAGGAGUGACCAAUGUGACUUUUCCCCUCCCAUUCAUUUAGAUAAACAUUGAGACAAUAAAAAGUAAUUUUGCACAAUA